AUGAAUAAGGAUGGAUUUGAAAAAUUUGAUGAAGGUACUUAUCAAAAUUAUAUUCUAGAUAUUACAACUAGUAGACCAUUAGAACAUUUUCAUUAACUGACUGAAGCUCCUCCAUAGAAGAAUUUCAAUUUUCUAGUUGUUUAAAAAAUGAAUGUAGAAGGACCAAAUAUAAUACAAAAAUGCAUUGUUAAGCCACUUUAAUAAGUUGGCUAGACAGCAGUUGAAGUUUCAUUUCAUUACAAUACUAUAGAACACAAAGAAUGCUGUCUUGUAAAUUCCAUAAUUUUUUAAAUGGGGAGCAUCUGAAUUGCUCAAUAAAUUAUAGUCUACAUUUCAUAAAUCUCCAGAAGAUAAACAACCUUAGAUAGAAUAAGAAUAACAGUUAUAGUAAAACCAACCAGAAGAGAGUAGCAUUGAUGAUAUUCCUGUUGUAUUUGUUGUACCAAAGGAGAUAAUGGAAGGACCAAUUACUGAAAGAUUAUAAUGGAUUGAUCAACAUAGAAAUGAUUGCGAAGUUUUCAUUCCUCUAGAAAAACCAUUAAAGUAUUAGCUUAAAAUUAAUUAAGAUUGAAUAAUUAUAAUGGCAUUCACAGUUCCUCAUCAUCUUCAAAUGGACCUGAUGAUUUCGAUUAUGAAGUUAGAAGAAUUUCUUAAGAAUUCAAACUUAAAGACAAUGAAUCUGAAUUAUUUCCUUCUACACAAAUUAUGAAAAAAAAGUUAAUGGAAUCAAAAAAAAGAUUUAUUAUGUCAGAAGAGGAUUAUAAACAUUUAAAUUAAUAGAAUAAUCAAAAUUAAAAUUACAAUGAACCCUAAAAUAUUAUUCUUUAUCCAUUUUUAGGUGAGUUGAUUCCAAAGGAGACUAUUUUAGAAUAAAUUAAAUAAUACUAAUUAGAAUAAUCAUCUGUUACCGUGAUUUAAUCGAAUAUGGAAUAAAUAUAAACCUAAUAAAUUCCAUAAUAAAAUGAAAAUUAAUUUAAUCCUCUAAUAUUGAAUGGAGAGCCAUUUGAAAAUAAUUAAUAAGUUUAAUAAUAAUAAUAAUAACAAUAAUAAUAAUAAUUAGAAAAAGUUUAAGAAAGAUAAUUAGAGGCACUUUUAGAAGUUUGA